AUGGCGGCGGUGUCGGGGGCCGGGGCUGCGGGCGGCUCUACCAACGCCGGGGGCCCGGAGAUGGUGCGGGGCCAAGUGUUCGACGUGGGGCCCCGCUACACCAACCUCUCCUACAUCGGCGAGGGGGCCUACGGCAUGGUGUGUUCUGCCUAUGAUAAUGUCAACAAAGUUCGAGUUGCUAUAAAGAAAAUCAGUCCCUUUGAGCAUCAGACAUACUGCCAGAGAACUCUGAGAGAGAUUAAGAUCCUACUGCGCUUCAGGCAUGAGAAUAUUAUUGGAAUAAAUGAUAUUAUCAGAGCUCCAACUAUUGAACAAAUGAAAGAUGUAUACAUUGUGCAAGAUCUUAUGGAGACAGAUCUUUACAAGCUCCUAAAGACUCAACACCUCAGCAACGACCACAUUUGUUAUUUCCUUUACCAGAUUCUGAGAGGCUUAAAAUAUAUCCACUCAGCCAAUGUGCUUCACCGUGACCUCAAACCUUCCAAUUUGCUGCUCAACACCACUUGUGAUCUCAAGAUUUGUGACUUUGGACUGGCUCGUGUUGCAGAUCCAGAUCAUGAUCACACAGGAUUCUUGACGGAAUACGUGGCCACACGUUGGUACAGGGCUCCUGAAAUCAUGCUGAAUUCUAAGGGUUAUACCAAGUCUAUUGACAUCUGGUCAGUGGGCUGUAUUCUGGCAGAGAUGCUCUCCAACAGACCUAUCUUUCCAGGAAAACACUACCUUGACCAACUUAACCAUAUCCUGGGUAUACUUGGAUCCCCUUCCCAAGAAGAUUUGAAUUGUAUAAUAAAUUUAAAGGCCAGAAACUACUUGCUUUCCCUACCACACAAAAAUAAGGUACCAUGGAACAGGCUGUUUCCAAAUGCUGACCCCAAAGCACUUGAUUUGUUGGAUAAAAUGCUGACCUUUAAUCCUCAUAAGCGGAUUGAAGUGGAGCAAGCUUUAGCCCAUCCAUAUCUGGAGCAGUAUUAUGAUCCAAGUGAUGAGCCUGUAGCUGAAGCACCCUUCAAGUUUGACAUGGAGUUGGAUGACUUACCGAAGGAAAAGCUGAAAGAACUGAUUUUUGAGGAGACUGCUAGGUUCCAGCCAGGAUAUCGAUCUUAA